AUGCCAUCGGACCACCCGAGUACACCGGAGAAAGACCACCCUGGAUAUGACUACGAAGCAGACAAGCAAUGGUCGAACAAGCCGCUGACUCCGGCGCAAGUUCUGGUCAAUGACAUUCGCCUGGAGAAAUGGCGGCCAGAUCAUGGACCUCUGCUGGAAAUUCAUGAAAGGUCUGCCUCAACUAAAGUACCGGUCCAUGCCUCGGCGACACCUUCAGCUAGCUAUGUGAGAGCUGCAGACGCUGCGGGCAAUCCAAUUGAACAGCAGAAGUUCGCACAGCUCGAGGAACACUACGGGUGGAUCCGCCGUUUGAGACUACACCAGCAUCAGCGACAUGUGUACGACUCGGAGGAGAGUGCUAAGUGCAGAUGGAUACAUUGCUCCUCGAAGUUCCCGGAGUACGUAGGUGGUUUCUUAUGGGCCCUGUCGGAAGAUCUAACAACGAUCUCUUCGAAUCUCCAAGUGCUCAACAAUACGCUGCAACAGCAAACCCGGUUCUCGAAGCAUGGAAAGUGCUUCGCGCCCUUCUCGCAGCCUCUUCAGCCUGGCAACGGCAAGGAUGCUCCAUCGACAUACCCAAUGCUACUGUCUGUCCCCUUUCUCGACUGGAGCAUUCUGGGCGAGAAGCCGCCUCUUCGUUUCCAGAUCGACAAGAGAGAAGGCUUUCAAAGUGCUCGUACGGCAUCUCAUCUGCUGAGAUCCGUUCUGCAGCACUUCUUCCGGCUGGAGGAUACUGCUGACCGGGAAGCGUUCCAGGUAUUUGCCAAGCACAAGCCUUGGAGCACCAACCGCGAGUUGGAUCUCAAGGUGCGGCAAUGGUAUGGCCAUUACCCGUCAGCACUGAACGUCGACGAGCUGUGGGUGCUAGUGAUCGACCCUGAGCACAUUGUGACUUUCUCCAGCAACCAGACGUGGAAGUCUCGCUGGCCGCCUCUCCAACUGGUAUCUCGCAUAUCGGACGUGUCAUUCCGGAACAUCAGGAACGCUUUCUUCUCUUCAGAGGAGAAGCAGGAGUACACUUCGCUUACGCACGCUGUUGCUUGUCUGAGCGGAGCUGUUGGCAUGCUUCACAGAAACUUUUGGCCAGACAUGGUCCUCCCUUGUACCGAUCGAUAUGCUGGCUAUCUUGGCCACCUUCAAUACCGUUUGCACCGAGCAGCUAGCACGAAACUGGUCAUGGAUCUCAUUGCCUGUCAGGAAGAGCUUAAUAUCGUCAUACAGAUCACGCAGCAGCAGAUUGAUAUGAUCAACAACUUUCGCGACAUGCUCGACGAGAACAAGGAGGAUUCAGGCAGUACGGCACCCUCGCCAACCUCAGUCCGUCCAAGCUCCGGCAACAACUAUAACCCUUACGGCAACCUCUCCGAGCCACCCGGCCUCCACCAUCGCGUUACCUACAACGCCCGUACUAACUUCCGCCAUCUCUCGACUUCGAGCACCACCGAUCCGCUGGCUCAGGUCCUUGACAAUCUCGCCCGCGAGCUCACUGAUCUCCAAGAUCUGCGCGACAACACCGACCGCCUUGUCACCCGCACUAUCCAGCUCGUCAACAUCCGCCUUGAAGAUCACGGCAAGGCCAUCCUCGUCUUCACAGUCGUAACCAUCGUCUUCCUACCGCUGAACUUCGUCUCGUCGUUCUUCGGCAUGAACUUCAGCGAUAUUCGGGACAUGGCACAAACUCAGUGGUUGUUCUGGGCCGUAGCGAUCUGCGUCACCACUGCUGUCGUUGCGGCGAGUGUAUUCCUCGCGUUCUCCGGCGGUAGGAUAUUGGAGAAUAUCUUGAUGUGGCGAGAUCAGAGGAGGGAGAGGAGGCUUACCACGAAGACGGCACAGAAGCAAGCUGCCCGAGAGCUUGGCGAGAAAGGAUUCAGGGUGAAUGGUGUGGAGAGGAGUGGCGGUUUCAGCCAGCCUUGA